GGGCUUUUUCCUGCUUCCAUUUGAUUGCUGAUGUUCGUCACUCGGUGAUCAGCCGCUGCAGUGCUCCGCUGUGUUGUCUUGCCUCAUCAGCCGAAUCAUCACGUAUAACAGCCAUCCGCCAUGCCACCCAAAGACGAUCCCGAAACUGCCAAGUUGAAACAGGAGCUGCAGGCUCUCAUAGAGCAAUGCAAGGGAAAGCAAAAGAGUGUCGCUGAUACGACACUGGAAGCUUGUACGUCUAGCGUUGAGGAUAUUCCGCGGAUCAAGGCAUCCACCCGGCGGAUGCUUAAAGGCCACAUCAACAAAGUGACUUCUUGCCAUUAUUCCGGCGAUUCCCGGCAUCUCGUGUCCGGCUCUCUUGACGGUAAGCUGAUCGUGUGGGACACGUGGACUGGUAACAAGAUCCAAGUCAUUCCGCUGAGAUCGGCAUGGGUGAUGUGCUCCGUGUUUGCUCCUUCGGGCAACUACGUUGCCUGCGGUGGCAUGGACAACAUGUGCACCGUUUAUGACGUCAACAAUCGUGAUAGUUCGGGAGCAGCUAAGAUUACUCGCGAGUUGGCCGGCUACGAAGGUUUCCUUUCCACUUGUCGCUUCUUGGAAGAUGGCAAGAUUGUGACCGGCUCUGGAGACAUGAUGAUUACUCUCUGGGAUCUGGAGGCGGGCAAGAAACUCGACCAGACACCCGCCCAUGUCGGUGAUGUCUGUUCCAUGUCACUCAAAGUGGAGCAGAACAUUAUCGUCACCGGCUCAGUGGAUCGAUGCAUCAAACUGUGGGACGUCCGGACGCUCAAGUGCACCCAGACUUUCUUUGGACACGAAGCCGAUGUCAACUCUGUUUGCUUCCACCCUUCCGGCACAGCCUUCGUUUCGGCUUCGGAGGAUAAAACUGCCCGUCUGUUUGACAUCCGUUCCGAUCAGCAGGUAUGCGUGUACCGACCUCCUACUGCCAAUUCCAGCCUGACUUGCUGCAGCGUGUCUCAAUCUGGACGAAUCCUUUUAGCCGGAUCGGAUGACUCGACGGUUCACCUGUGGGAUCUCCUCAAAGGAGAGCAUAAUGGAAACCUUCAAGGACAUGAAAACCGAAUUACCGGCCUUAGCGUGGCUGACAGCGGUUUAGGCAUUGCUACGUCUUCCUGGGACAAUGCGGUCCGCGUCUGGGGAUAAAAAACACACGGCCGUCAACAUCGUGUUCACGACUUCCAUCGGGCUGGAAAUAAACCAAACUUUUAUCAGAUGCCAAUUUCAAUUAGAAAUGGCUCGUAUUAAUUUUCUUCCGCCUUUUCUCUUUAUUAAACUUUCCCCAUCAGUUCAUUUCCCACCAAAAAAUUCACUACUUCCCUCUAAGAAAAGAAAAUCACGAACGUAGCGUAGGUAUAAGCUAAUAUAUGACAAGACAGAGAGAGCCAUAUUUCACCCGAAUUAACAUUUUUGCCGAGUUGAGGUGAUGUUAUGAUUUCAAUUCGACUCAUCAGUCGAUGGAAGAAUAAUGUUGCCGAUAUUUCUGUUACGUCCCGUUCCGUUCGAGAAAAUACACAUUCAUUUAACUCUA